GCGCCCACGCGCAGCGGUCAGCGGCGCGCGACUGGGAGAUGAGCAAUGGCGACGGGGGGCUGCCCGCAGGCGCGAUGGCGGGGCGGCCCACCAGGCGCGGCAGUGCGCUGCGCAGGAAGGAGGAGGCCGAGGUAGGCGCCUCGGCGGCCCGCCGACGGGCGCGGGCGCGGCGCCUCCUCGCCGCCGCGGCGGCAGUCGGCAAGGCGGCCAGCGGCGGCCCAGGUUCCUGGCAGGACCGGGAGGCUGCUGCGCGCCCCGCCUUGCGCCGAGCCGCCGCGGGACGCCGCGUCCCAGGCGCAAUGCGGCGGCGGCGGAACGCCGCGUGGAACGCGCUGCUGGUCCCUGCGGGCGGAUUCGCGCGCGCGUCCGUAGCGGGCCUGUCGCGGGCCGCCGCAGGCCCCCGCCUGGGCUGGCUGCCCUCGCUCCCGGAGGCGGCCGCGCUGCCCUUCGGCGACUACGGUGAGGUACCCGACGAGCACUGCCAGGCUCCCGGUGCCAUGGACUGCCCAGCGUUGGGCGGCGCUGCCGCCACUGAUGGAUGGCGGCGCCCCCCCAUCGUGAGCUUCGCGAACCAGGUCGUCGCCGUGGCAGUGGACGGCAGCGUCCAGACGGAGCUCCUGGGGGGCGAGGAUCACCUCGAUCGCCUGCGGCGGGUCUUGCGCCAGCGGCUUGAGGCGGCACAGCGGCCCGCGCUCAAGCCUGCCGCUGCCCUGUUUGCCCCGCUGCCCGAGGUGCUCCAGGUACGGAUCGUUGGCAUGCUAUCCCUGCCCGACAGGCUGCGGUUGUGCCAGGCCUCAACUGGGGUCGCCUGGACCUUCGAGAGCAGCCCCUGUCGGCUCGCGGAGGCGCUGGAAUCGGAUCUGCGGGACGCGGCGCUCCUGCAGCAGCUGGAGGGCGCAAGGCUGCACAGGGGCGCGAACGCCGACGUGGACCUGGGCCGCGGUUUCGGCUCCGACUACCAGCUGGACAUGCUGAGGGGGGAGUUGCACCAUCCCGCGUCGAACCGCACCCAGUACAGGGCUCUGGUCGCGAAGCAGGCCCAGGACAUCCGCUCCCUACGGGAAGGCUGGGCUGCUGCGGUGCAUGCGCUGCGGGACCAGCUCGCCACGCUCAGGGAGCAGCUGCAGGCGUACAUCGCGAUGAGCUCGGAUGCGCCAGCGGCCGCGGGCGAGCACAACGACGACGCAUCCGAUGGCUCGCUCUCGUCCCUCGUGGUGGAGGAUCGAGGGCUCACUUGGCUGUGGGACGGCGGGGAUCCCACCGACAUGAGGCGCAUCGCCGACGAGCUGAAGUGGGCGGCUGCGACCCCCGUUCCCGAUGAGCUCGAGGGCGACACGGUGGACGUGGUUCCCGAGGGCGCCGCGGCGCCAGGAGUCCACGUGGACGAUAUCGAGUUGGACGACCUGCAGGCGAUCAUCCAGCAGCACUGCGCAGCGGGGGGGAGGCUCAGAGUCCCCCGAGGCGCUGGCCCAGCUGCUGCGGGCGACACCACUGCCCCUGCAGGAACUAACGGCGACGGGUUCGGCGACGUCGGCGGCCGAUCCGUUCCCUACAGCGGCGAUGGCAUCGACACAGGCUUCUUGUCUGCAGGCGAGCUUCUGGAGGCGGCGGCCGCCUCGCGGUUGGCCCUCGCAGCGGCCAGCUUCCUCCUCGGGGUCCCACUCGAGGCGCCCCAG